AUUGAUUGAUUGAUUGAUUGAUUGAUUGAGGGGUGGAAAUGAGAAAGAGGGGAUGAGCGCCAGGAGAGGAGGACAAGACACUCAGCUGCAGGAAGCAGGAGAAAGAUGACACACAGGAUAAGGGACGGUGGAGCGAGAAAGGAAGAGAGAGAGCGAGCGAGCGAGCGAGCGAGAAUGAAUGGUAGGGGCGAGGGUGCGACAAGAGGCUUGCCAGUGCCGGAGAUUACUGCUAACUUACCUGCCGUGAAGGCUCCGACUGAAGCGUUAAGGAUCAACGAGGCGCAGUCACCGAUGCGGUGGAGUUCAGGAUUCAGAAACCCGCUGGCAUGCAGGGUCGCUGUCUUUCAAGACGGAACAGCCAGGCAAUUGAGCGAUUCUUCAGGCAGACAAAGGGAGGGGAGAAGAAGCAGUCGAUCGGGGUGAAUAGUCCGGGGUCUUUCCUGACUCUAAA